AUGAAGUCGUCGUCUCAGACUCAGAGCCCGAAGACCCCAUCGCCCCGCGGCGGCAUGGGCAGCGCCGAGCACGGGCGCUCGGCCUCGGAGCCGUGGCUGGUGGCCGCGGCGGCGGCGAGCGCCAGCGACGACUCGUGCGUCAACGACGUGGACAACUUCGCGCGCACCGUGGCGGCCGUCAAGUCCAAGGCGGCGUCGUGCGCGCGCCCGGACAUGCUGGCGUCCGUGCUGUCGCACUACGCGGCCAAGUGGCUCUCGGACGUGGCGCCGCCCCUCGCGUCGUCGUCCGUGUCCGGACGCUUCCUGCCCCCGGAGAGCCCCACGACCACGUGGCUCAAGAAGGGGCUCCUGCUGGAGUCCCUCGUCGCCGCGCUCCCGCCGGACCCUCCAGUGGCGGUCGCCGACGGCGGCUGCUGCGCCACCGCCGCGGCCGUCGCAACCGACGACGGCAUCACGUGCGACUUCCUGCUGAAGCUGCUCCGCGCGGGGAGCAUGGUGGGCGCGGACGCGGCGCUGCUGCGGGACCUGGAGGCCCGGGCGGCGCGGCGGCUGGACCAGGCCACGCUGGGCGCCGUGAUGAUACCGGCGUUCGGGCACGCCGGGGACCACGCUUCGUCGGCGCUGCUCCUCGACGUGCCCCUUGUGCUGCGCCUCGUCCGCGGGUUCCUCAAGGAGGGCGCAGCAGCAGGCGCCAGCAAGGCCAGCAGCGGCGCCACCAUCAUUGGCGGCGGCGGCCGCGAGGGUGGCCAGGCUCGUGGACGCGUACCUGGGCGAGGCCGCGCUGGAGGCCGGCCUCCGCCCCGCCGAGUUCGAGGAGCUCGCGCGCGCCGUGCCCGCACACGCGCGUCCCGCCGACGACGCGCUCUACCGCGCCGUCGACACCUACCUCAAGGCCACGGCCACGAACAACAUAGCCGCGUCUUCGUGUCAGUGACUGAAGGAGAUGCGGCCCAUGUCAGUGACCCAGAGGGUAAGGAGGGUAUUUUUUAA